UCUGCUAUGGUAAUGAGGCCGGUGAUCGCAAGUCCGCCAUGAAACACUGAACCUGGCGUGCAUGGCAAUGAAGCUACGUCCGACGCAUUGACGACAGCAUUAAAUCGGCUUUCGAUCAGACCACAACUUCGUUUGCAAAAACUAUCCAGGUUCCACCUGACGUGCAUGUGUAUUAUAGACUACCAUUACUAAGGCAGCAGCUGAGCCCGUUUGAUAUCGUGCCGAUCGAAGACGAUGCCUAUUCGCUACCGGAACACUUCGAAAAGAAGCUGAGCGGCAAUAGCCGAGGUCGACUGAACCCAGCAGACUACGGAAUAGCCAGUUUUCCUGACUACUGGCACGACAAAUCAACCAGCAGCGCGGCAACGCAGACUUCAAAUCCUGACUCUGGGAUAGCAGACAUCUAUGAACCUCUAGCGGAAGAAAAAACGGAAAUGAAGAAAGAGGAAGCUAACGUUGCGAAAAAGGAAGAAUCUCCCCCAUAUAAGAAUUUGCAGAUGGAGAUUGCCGAUCACAAGAGAGUCAUAAAGGUCAGCGAUCUGAAUCACCCAAUCGACAGGACCUUUAGGGUAAUGAUGGCUGGUGACAGUUCCGUGGGAAAGUCGUCGAUAAUCUUACGAAUGGGAGAUGCUUCUAAAGAUAGAAAAAUCGUUCUGUGCUGCAACAAGUGCGACUUGAGGAAGGACAAUGAUCCAGACGGCUUCGUCAGUACUAAUGAUGGCAGAGAGUUGGCAAAUUCCAUUAACGCGGACUUCACCGAGGUCAGUGCGAAGGAUGGAACGAAUGUCCAGCACAUGGCGUUGACACUGGCGAGGUAA